AUGCGGCACGCGAGAACGCAGCGCCCACACGAGCAGGAGAGCAGCGGAGUGCUGCGGGCCCACGGGCAGCAGGCAGAGCCGGAGCGGAGAGAACGGCUUCGGAGUAUAAUGAAAAUCAGCAGAUACAGGCGACCAGAGCUCUUCUUUUUUUUGUCUCCGUACAGAACCUACCCCCGGCCUCACGAGUACCUGGACAUCGCCAAGCUCCCGCAGAGCUGGGACUGGAGGAACGUCAAUGGCGUCAACUACGCCAGCACCACCCGCAACCAGCACAUCCCUCAGUACUGCGGGUCCUGCUGGGCCCACGGCAGCACCAGUGCCCUGGCAGAUCGAAUCAACAUAAAGAGAAAAGGUGCAUGGCCUUCUGCCUAUCUCUCUGUGCAGAAUGUGAUUGACUGUGCUAAUGCAGGAUCCUGUGAAGGUGGAGACCACACGGGUGUUUGGAUGUAUGCCCAUGACCAUGGGAUUCCAGACGAGACCUGUAACAACUACCAAGCUAAGAACCAAAAGUGCAAAAAGUUUAACCAGUGUGGAACAUGUGUCACUUUUGGAGAAUGCCAUGUGAUUAAGAACUACACCCUCUGGAAAGUUGCUGACUACGGUACUGUCAGCGGAAGGGAAAAAAUGAUGGCAGAAAUCUAUGCUAACGGACCAAUUAGUUGUGGUAUAAUGGCUACUGAGAAGCUGGAUGCUUACACUGGAGGACUCUAUACCGAGUACAACCCCUCACCCACAGUGAAUCACAUUGUAUCUGUGGCUGGCUGGGGUGUAGAAAAUGGAACAGAAUACUGGAUUGUUCGUAACUCAUGGGGUGAACCCUGGGGUGAAAGAGGGUGGCUCAGAAUUGUGACAAGCGCAUAUAAAGGUGGAAGAGGAGCAGAGUACAACCUUGCUGUUGAAGAGGACUGUGCAUACGGAGAUGUUAUCCUUCCUUGAUUCUACACUGUACAUCUUUUUUUUAGUAAUUUUGGAAUCUUCCCAGCACAACCCUGUUCUGUUUAAAGAAUAGCCUAAAACUUUCACAGCGCAACUCUAUCAUGCUGUUGUGCAAAACUAGCCCAGAUAAUACAACACUGAGUCUUCAAAGUAAAAUAAAUACAAAGCUGCCUUCAGAUAAUAAUUUAGAAUUUAAAAAUUAAAGAAGUAAUGUACCUAUGAAAACGGUUGCCUGCCUUGUUGCACAGUACUUUAAUCAUACUGUCUUCCAAAUCUUUGUGUGUAUAUAUGUACUUUUUUAUAAAGACAAAUUACACAGUGUACUAAGACAGAAAAAGUACACACAGUACUUGGAUCUAGAGCUUAAACUAAAGUAACAAAUAAUUGUAUGAUAUUUGCUUAAUACUUUAUGCAGAUUUAAAAAACAAACUUAACUCUGGACAUGAUAUACUCAAAAACUAAAUCCUCCUUAGUCUCCUAGGGAAAAAAUGUUGCUGUAAGUCUUAUUUUUAUCCAACCAAAGUGAUAGCAGGAUUUAAAUCUUUAAUUUGUUCAAAUUCCUUGCUUUAAUUUAUGACCAGCUUUGAUAUUUUGCUUCUAGAAAGGCAAAGUAUAAAUUGCUACAAGCCAGAGCUUUCCUCCUGCUCACUAAUAUGAGGAAAGGCCGCAAAAUUCUCUUCCCUAAAACUGAGUCAAUUACUAAGUGGCAAUCAGUGCUAUAUUAAGUGUCACUAACUGGCAUUGUUAAUUGUAUUUAAUAAACUGACAACAUUAUCUUA